GCCCCGCGCGGGAGGCGUGGCUGCAAUUUAAGGGCAGCGGUAACGCCGAAUUCAGUUCGGAGGUAGAGCUGGACGCGAUGGCCUCGUGGGCUGAGCGGCUGACGGGCGUGCGGGGGGUGCUGCUUGACAUCUCCGGCGUGCUGUGUGACAGCAGCCCAGGGGGCGCAACCGCUAUUGCAGGCUCUGUGGAGGCGGUGGCGAGACUGAAACAGUCCCCGCUGAAAGUGAGAUUCUGUACCAAUGAGUCCCAGAAAUCCGUGAGACUGCUGGUGGGGGUGCUUCAGCAGCUGGGGUUUGACAUCUCAGAAGGGGAGGUGACUGCCCCUGCACCAGCCACCUGCCAGAUCCUGAAGGAGCGAGGCCUGCGACCACACUUGCUUAUCCAUGAAGGAGUCCGCUCAGAAUUUGAUGGCAUUGAUAUGUCCAACCCAAACUGUGUGGUGAUUGCAGAUGCUGGGGAAGCCUUUUCCUAUCAGAACAUGAACAGAGCCUUCCAAGUGCUAAUGGAGCUGGAAAACCCUGUGCUUAUAUCCCUGGGAAAAGGACGCUAUUACAAGGAGACCUCUGGCCUGAUGCUGGAUGUUGGAGGUUACAUGAAGGCGCUUGAGUAUGCCUGUGGUAUCAAGGCUGAAGUGGUGGGGAAACCCUCCCCUGAGUUCUUCAAGUCUGCUCUACAAGCCAUAGGAGUAGAAGCCCACCAGGCCAUCAUGAUUGGCGAUGACAUCGUGGGUGACGUUGACGGCGCCCAGAAGUGCGGAAUGAGAGCUCUGCAGGUGCGGACCGGGAAGUUCAGGCCUGGUGAUGAGCAUCAUCCGGAAGUGAAGGCAGAUGGGUACAUGGACAACCUUGCCGAGGCUGUGGACCUGCUGCUGAAGCACAUGGACAAGUGACUGUCUUCAGAGAUAGUGGACAAGGGUACCCCCUGCCCCUCAUACUCUAUCACUGCGCCCUCUCCCCACAUACUUCCAGGCCCCAGGCUACCCAAGGCUUUGCUAUCCAUGCCCUCUUCCCACUGCCAGCCUGGACAGAUGCUGGAAGUCUUGUCCCUGGGCCAGAGCCAGCCAUCCCCUUCCUCAGCCUCCCCCUACUGACUCCCUGUCAACAUUCCUCCCUCCCUAGCAUCUGGGCAGAGGUUUGUUCCCCUCUCUGGCCCAUGCCAUGUUUCCCAUCAUGACAUCCAGGAAGGUGGAAGACACCUGUCAGGCCUCCAGAAAAUGAAACGCUCUGGCUGGAAGGUCCCUCUGAGACUAAGUCCCUGAACUCCUUUAGUCACCUUUGGCACUCGGUCCUAUAAUUGACCAUCCAGUUGGAUGAGAUGCACUGCCUCCUCAUUGAACUCUCUGAUGAGAGGAGCCUACAGAAACCCAGAGCUGAGCCAGCCUGCCCAACACCCACAGCCUGAUCUGGCCCCAGUCAGAGCGACUUAUCAGCACUCUGCUCCCUACUCCUGUCCUAGGAAACAAUGCCAGCCCACUGUUCUUCAUGUCCCCAUGAGUUACACAGACACAGGCUGGAGCAACUCUCAGGAAACUGAAGACUAUCCUCUCCAGAGAGGAAAUGUCCACCUCUACAGUCAAGGCUGAAGGCACAGAAAGCACCUUAGAGUUGGGAUGGAUAGACUUAAAUCUUCUGUUUCCAGUUCGCAGAAUGAGCUAAUGACUCAAUAAACUUGGCCUCAACAGCCCCACUU